AUGAGUGAACAAAUAUACACAAUGAUAGCCCAAGCCAAAGCUUUGCAUGAGGCUUGUCAGCUUGAAGACGCUGCAAAUUUGUAUAAGCAAACCCUAGAGCUUGCUUCUUCUACAGGUGAAAUCCCAGAAGAGCUUUUAGAUAGCUAUGCAGAAUUAUCAAACACAACUGGAGACGCUGCCACCGCAAUUAGCCUUUUCCAAGAAAGCAUUAAUCGUUACCCCACACAAAAUCCAUCAAAAUAUUUUUCACUUGCCCAGCUAAAUUCUGGAAAACAGUCCUUAACUCUCUAUAGAGCUGGGAUUGAGAUUUUGAAACAAAAUUUAAGUGAAGAAAAUUCGAGGAUUCAGCUUGCGACUGCAUAUUCGGCAAUCGCAGAACUUCAUAUGUCUGAUCUUUGUGAUGAAGAAAACGCAGAAGAAAUAUGUGAAAGCAGCAUCCAAGCUGCUAUUGAGUAUGAUCUAAAUAUAUACAUAAAUCGCCUGUGAUGAACGACUUGUCCUCCUCGUGGUUGUUCUUAGGCAUAUUUGGAAUGGUUUUUUGGUGUGCAGAGAAGUGCCCUAUGGAUGGGCUAGGCUCGAGUGAGAUGUCCGUAUUAUUACUGCUGAAUAGUGGCUGGCUCAAGUGUCGGUUUUUUUUUUACCAAUAUCCUGGCCCAAGCUGGGUGUCCGGUAGAGGUAUGGUGAUUUACCUGCUGAGGCUGCUUGAUGGCUUGUCUCGAAUAGCAUAAGCUGUUGAGUUUUUAUUUUGGAACUAAUCAGUUUCUCCAAUUGAGAAAGUUCCCAAUUAAGGAGGGCGGUCUGGCCUCUGCUAACUCCCCCCCUCUAAUAACAAAAAAAAUUUUGUUCAUGGAGGGGUGUAAAUUUUUUUUAAAAAAUUUAAAUAUAUAAUUUGUAUAAUAAAUUUUUUUUUUGUUGGAAAUUUAAAAAAACUCAACUCGCAAAAAUUGGAAAGCAAAUAUUAAUUUAAUUUGCAAAAUUUGUGUUUUAAAAUGUAAGCUGUUUAAAAUUAAUUAGAAUUAGCUAGAGAUUUCAUUAUAAUAAUUGCCACCUAUAUAUCAAAAUUUUUUAUAAAAUUUUUUUUGUUCGCUCGCAAAGGGGGAGUAAGCAGAAUUAUUAUUAUACUGGCCAUUGAAAGUUCCAACAAAAUCACAUUUUGGUGGAUCGAUUAUGGAAAAUACCUGAGCUCUAUUUGCCUUUAGGGAUCUCAUGUUGUGGAACGCAUGGCGUUCUAGUGGAGAUCAUAAGCGCACAUCAUUAAUAACUAACCUUAAGUAUGACCCAAAUUGUAUUGAUGCCUAUCAAAUGCUAGCUAACCUAAGGCUUGUUCGGCUAAGAUUCCAAGAAGCUAAGGAAGCGAUGGAAAAGGUAAAGCUGCUUUUGGAAAAAGCCAAACAUGAUAGCUUGCCAUCUAUUGAGUUUAUAUUGGAAAGCAUGAGAAAUUUAAUUGAAAUUGAAGAUUUUGAUGGAGUAUUGUGGGUAGGAGAUAUAGGAUUAAGUAUGGAUGAAGAUAUGCCAGAAAUUAUUUAUAUGCAGGCAUUUGCACAUUGCAAGUUGGGAAGGAAAAAAGAAAGUGGGGAUUUAAUAGAAAUUUUGUCUGGCAAAAUGCUGGAUCCAGAACUGUUUUCUGCAUUAGAAGAGCUUAAGCAGGAGUUAAGAAAACUUUAA